AUGCCCCUCACCACCAAAAUUUAGGGAAGCCGUGAACCCCGCAGAGUCAAAAUCCCCCAAUUGCUGCCAAGACAGCGUGAUAAAAGCAGAAAUCAUAAUGAAAGCCUACCUCUAUGACAACCUCCCAGGCGACCAGCGCCUCCCACAUGACUCGGGCACCGCCCUGUCGGCCAGCGACCUCUCGGCGAUAGGAGUGCUCUACUACCACAUCGACUCCAUCGAGGGUGUCGAUGCUCUGGCCGCCGAGCGGGGCUACAAGAACCGGGACGAGAUCACCGUCUCGCCCGAGAAAAUGGGCGACGCGUACGAGACCAAAGUCAAGAUGUUCUUCGACGAGCACCUGCACGAAGACGAGGAGAUUCGUUACAUCCGCGACGGCAAGGGCUACUUUGACGUGCGUGACAAGGGUGAUCGCUGGGUGAGGAUUUGGCUGGAGAAGGACGACUUGAUUAUCCUGCCUGCGGGGAUCUAUCACCGGUUUACCACGGAUGAGAGCAAUUACGUUCAUGCUAUGCGGCUGUUCAAGGACGAGCCCAAAUGGACACCCUUGAACCGGUCUGAGGACCUGGACUCGAACCCGCACAGGAAGCAGUAUGUUUCGCAGUUCCUGGCAUAGGAGCGAUGUCU